GGAGGAGCGAUGGUGCGCCGGCGAUGUCCGCGGAACACGAGAAGGAGCCCCCCCCUGCCGCCGCCGCCGCCCUCAAGAGAGCCCCCCGAGGUGGUGAUGGUGGCCUGGAGGGGGUAGGAGGCCCCGGAGGAGUCCAGCUCGGAAGCCCCGAUAAGAAGAAGCGCAAGGCAGCAGCCCAGGGCAGCUGCUUUCCUCCGCCUUCCGAAUAUGCUCCCCCACCCAAUCCCAGCGCGGAGCACUUGGUAGCAGCGAAUCCCUUUGACGAUAACUACAACACCAUUUGCUACAAGCCCCUGCCGGCGGGGAACCCGUACUUUGCCAACCCCGCUUACCCCGGCUUUGGCGGCUACAACACCUUCAGGAUGCCCCCUCACCUGCUGCCCAGGAUGUCCUCGCAGUACGGGGCGUCUUCUUACCCCCUCCGGAAUCAGCCCCACCCGUUCCCGCAGAGCCCGGUGGGCAUGGUCUUCAGCCGGCCGCAGGCGAUGAACUUUGGGCCCCACGAGAAUGUGGCAUUCGGCAACCAGCCAUCCUACAACGCAAACGUGAAUCCAAACAUCAUGAUGCCCGGUCAGCACUUCCGGCUGAACCCUGGGGAGAACUUUGGCCACAUGCCUUCCCAGAACACGACUCAGAUGCCCCACCACGAAAUGCCGCUGCAUUUUGGGCCGGGGAACAAUCCCAGUUUUAACAGUUCCCAGUUGGAGCCCAACCCUCCGUAUGGCCCACUGCCAAACAACUAUGGCCAGAACAAGCCUGUGCCGAAAGCUGGCCCCAACAAGCACGGCCCCCCUCCCACCCAGCUCCACCAGCACGGAGGCACAGACGAGGCGGGGAACUCAGGGAACGCAGACCUGAAGCCAGCCGUCCGGCACGUGCCUGCAGGGCCCGAGAGCCACCCCCCCAAGCCUGCCGAAGCCUUGACCAGCAGCCGUGCCAACGGGACUCCGAGCAAGCCCCACCUGCCCCGUGGUGCGGCCGAAGGCGGGGCCCCGGAGAAGGGCGGCCAGUUCCCUCUGCUCUCCGGCCAGCACGGCCACCCCUCCUCCGAACCCGUCUACCCCUGCGGGAUUUGCACCCACGAGGUGAACGACGACCAGGACGCCAUCUUGUGCGAGGCCUCCUGUCAAAAAUGGUUCCAUCGGAUCUGCACGGGCAUGACGGAGUCGGCGUACGGCCUGCUCACGGCAGAAGCGUCUGCGGUCUGGGGCUGUGACACUUGCAUGGCGGACAAAGACGUGCAGCUGAUGCGCACCAGGGAGACCACCGGAGGAGGGCCCCCCGUCUCGAGCGCCGACGCCUGA